AUGGCUCCUCCAGUCUGGACUCUGGUGCUGCUGGUGGGGGCCGCCCUUUUUCCAACCCCAAGGAAAGAGAAGCCUCCAGAUUCUAAGCAGGUUGCUCGCAGCUCUAGGGAUAAUUCUAUUCUCACUCAGUGUGACUUUGAGGAUAACUCCAAACCCCUCUGUGACUGGACCCAAGUGUCCACAGAUGACGGGGACUGGACUCGAGCCAAUGGAUCCUCCCCCACUGGCAGCAUGGGUCCCCCCGGGGGCUACCCUGAUGGAGAGGGCCACUACCUGCACAUGGCAUCAAGCACCUUCCACCGGGGCGGGGUGGCCCGCCUACGCAGCCCCCCCAUAUGGAAGCAAGGCCCCCUCUGCGUGCACUUCGCCUACCACAUGUUUGGGCUCUCAUGGGGCGCCCAGCUCAAACUGCUGCUGCUCAGAAACACCAAGAAGCAGCGCCCCAGCCUGCUCUGGAAACACACUGACACCCAGACCCCCUCCUGGAUUCCCACCGCUGUCACCGUGCCUAUGGGGCUUGCCCUACCCCGUCGGGUGAUGUUUGAAGGAGUGAGGGGCAGCACGGCUUACCUGGACAUCGCUCUGGAUGCCAUCUCCAUCCACCGGGGCUCCUGCAACCAGCUCUGCAUGAUGCAGACGUGCAGCUUCGACAUUCCAAAUGAUCUCUGCGGCUGGAGCUGGAUCCCGACAGCCUCUGGGGCCAAGUGGGUCCAGAAGAAGGGGUCGUCCGGGGUGCCGAACGUGGGGCCUGAGGAUGAUUUCUCUAGCCCUGGCAGUGGCUUCUACAUGCUCCUGGACCCCAAGAAUGCAAAAGCGAUGCAGAAAUCUGCCCUCCUGAGCCCCCUGAGCCAGUCCUCUGGCUGUCUGAGCCUCUCCUUCCACUACGUCCUCCAUGGCCAGUCACCUGGUGCAGCCCUCACCGUCUAUGCUUCCAUCUUGGGCAGCAUCAGGAAACAUACUCUCUUCUCAGGACAGCCUGGACCCAACUGGCAGCCUGUUUCUGUCAGUUACACCGCCCAGGGACAAAUUCAGUUCACCGUGGUAGGUGUGUUUGGAGAGACCCCAGAGCCAGCUGUGGCAGUGGAUGCGAUCAGCAUUGCUCCCUGUGGGGAGAGCUUUCCUCAGUGUGACUUUGAAGAUGAUGCCCAUCCCUUCUGUGAAUGGGCCCAGGCAUCAGGGGAUGGCGGACACUGGGCCCGGGGAAAUAAAAAUAUGCACAUCCAGGGUACAGGUGCUUUUGGAGGUUCCAACGGAGGUCACUAUAUCUAUGUCGAGGCUGACAAGUUCUCUGAGGCAGACCAGCCUUUCAGACUGGUGAGCCGGCCCUUCUGUGCCCCGGGUGCGGUCUGUGUGGACUUUGCCUACCUCAUGUAUGGCCCCGGAGAGAGCACUAAACUCAACCUCCUGCUGGAGAGUCCCGCGGGCAGUUUCCCAACUUCUCUCUGGCACCGCGUUGGGUCUCAGAGCCCUGACUGGCUGAACACCUCUGUCACCGUCCCUUCGGGGCAUCAACAGCCCAUGCAGCUGAUAUUUGAGGCCAUCAGAGGGACCAACACUGCCUUUGUUGUCGCUGUGGGUUUUAUCUUGAUCAAUCACGGGACCUGUCGAGGAACUGUGCCAACAGUGCCUCCUUCCAAAUCUCCAGUUCCCCCCACUGGCCCUUCUGAAACCGUUGUCUCCACAGAAAAACCUAGGACUCCCACAGAAAAACCUACAGUUUCCAAAGAAAAACCUAUGGCCCUCACAGAAAAACCCACUGCCCCUGCAGAAAAACUCAUGACCCUCACAGAAAAAACUGUGACCUCCCAAAUAAAACCCAUGACUGUCACAGAAAAAAACACUGUCCCCAGUGAAAUAUCCACUGUCCCCACAGAAAAACCCAUGGUCCCCACAGAAAAAGCUGUGACCCCCCAAAUAAAACCUACAGCCCUCACAGAAAAACCUACUGUCCCCACAGAAAAACCCAUGGCCCUGACCAAAAAGCCUGCAGUCCCAACAGAAAAGCCCACUAUUCCCACUGAAAAGACCACCAUCCAUACCGAAAGGCCCACCAUCCCCACAGAAAAAUCUACCCUUCCCACAGAAAAAUCACCCACCAUCCACACAGAAAAACCCACCACCCCUACUGAAAAGACCACCAUCCCCACAGAAAAGCCCACUGUCUUUAUUGAAAGACCCACUGUACCCACAGAAAAACCUCCCACCCUUACUGAAAAGACCACCAUCCCCACAGAAAAACCCACCAUCCCCCCUGAAAAGACCACCAUCUCCACUAAAAUACCCACCGUCCCCACUAAAAGGUCUACCAACCCCACAGAAAAAUCUAUGCUUCCUACAGAAAAACCAUCCACCAUCCAUACAGGAAAACCCACCAUCCCCACUGAAAAACCCACCUUCCCCACUGAAAAGACCACUGUCCCCACAGAAAAAUCUACCCUUCCCACAGAAAAACCAUCCACCAUCCAUAUAGGAAAACCCACCAUCCCCACUGAAAGGCCCACCAUCCCCACUGGAAGGCCCACUGUCCCCACUGAAAAGACCAUCAUCCUCACAGAAAAAUCUACCCUUCCCACAGAAAAACCAUCCACCAUCCAUACAGGAAAACCCACCAUCCCCAUUGAAAGGCCCACCAUCCCCAUAGGAAAACUUACUGUCCCUUCUGAGAAGACCACCAUCCCCACAGAAGAACCCACCAUCCCCACUGAAAAGACCAUCUCCACUGAAAUACCCACUGGCCCCACUAAAAGGCCUAUUAUACCCAUAGAAAAGCUCACCAUCCCUACAAAAAAACCCACCAUCCCCACAAAAGUAUCUACUCUUGCCACUGAAUGGCACACAGUUCCUACAAUACCCCAGCCCAGCCCAACACUUGUACCCACUGAGCCAACAGUCUUGGUGAUGCCUCCUACUGCUCCAAGCACCUCCAUGACCACUACAACCCCUAGAAGCACUCCAGCGUGGUGUCCCCCAAACGCCCACCAUGAGCGCUGUGCCUGCCCAGCAUCCUGUGAGAGACCCAAGCCCACCUGUGGGCUUCCCUGCAAACCCGGCUGUGUCUGCAAUUCCGGCUUUUUGUUUCGUGGAUCCCACUGCAUCAGCGCUGCCUCCUGCAACUGCUUCUACAACAACAAUUACUACGAGCCUGGGGCAGAGUGGUUCAGUUCCAACUGCACAGAACGCUGCCGCUGCAGGCCUGGCAGUCAGAUGGAGUGCCAGAUGUCUCAGUGUGGGUCACACACAGUGUGCCAGCUGAAGAACGGCCAGUAUGGAUGCCAACCCUAUGGCACUGCCACCUGUGUCAUCUACGGAGACCCGCACUAUCUCACCUUUGAUGGAAGGUACUUCAGCUUCAUGGGCAAAUGCACCUACAUCUUGGCCCAACCCUGUGGCAGCUCGACAGAACCAUUCUUCAGGGUGGCGGCGAAGAAUGAGUAUCGAGAACAAGAAGGCAUGUCCUACCUGAGCAAAGUCUAUGUGACCCUGCCCGAGAUCACCGUCACCCUGCUCAGGGACAGGAGCACGCUGGUUGGGGGUAAGCAAAUCACCCUCCCAGCGGUACCUUCUAAAGGAAUCUUCCUGGCUUCAAGUGGGCGAUUUGUGGAGUUGCAGACAGCAUUUGGUUUGCGGGUGAGAUGGGAUGGCGACCAGCAGCUGUAUGUGAGUGUGCCCAGCACCUACUCUAGCAAACUCUGUGGCUUCUGUGGCAACUAUGAUGGCGACGGCAGCAACGACAACCGGAAGCCGGACAGCAGCCCGACGCAGGACGAGGAGGAGCUGGGCAACAGCUGGCAGACAGCGGAGGACGAGGACAAGGAGUGCCAGAAGAACUCGGCAGUUCCUCCCUCGUGCAACUCAGGACUGCAGAACAGGCUGUCGGGACUACAGUUCUGUGGACGGCUCUUGGACGCCCACGGAGCCUUUGAGGCUUGUCUGCCUCACCUCAAGGCCACCUCAUUCUUUAAGAGCUGCACGUUUGACAUGUGUAAACUCCAGGGGCUGCAGCCAGUGCUGUGUGCCCAUAUGGCAACCCUGACUGAGAUCUGCCAGGAUGCCGGCUACGCGGUGAAGCCCUGGAGGGGACCCCAAUUCUGCCCAAUGACCUGCCCGCCCAACAGCACGUACACGCUGUGUGCCAGGGCGUGCCCCGCCACCUGCCAUUCUGGGUUCUCUGGCAUGGCCUGCCGGAACCGGUGUGUGGAGGGCUGUGAGUGCAACCCGGGCUUCGUCCUCAGUGGUCUCCAGUGUGUCCCCCGGUCCCAGUGUGGGUGCCUCGAGCCCGCGGUGGGCUACUUCAAGGUGGGGCAGCGGUGGUUCAAGCCAGGCUGCAGACAGCUCUGCACCUGCGAGAGCAGCGGCAAAAUUCGCUGCACGCAGUGGAGGUGCCAGGCCCGGGAGGUCUGUCGACAGCAGGAUGGCAUCUAUGGUUGCCAUGCCUUAGGGGCUGCUACCUGCACCGUCUCAGGGGACCCUCACUACCUGACAUUUGACGGAGCCUUGCACCACUUCAUGGGCACCUGCAGCUACAUCCUGACCAGGCUUUGCCAGCUUAGGUCCCAGGAGAACUACUUCAUCGUGAGUGCCACCAAUGAGUUUCGCAAUGGGAACUUGGAGGCCUCUUACGUCACAUCCGUCCACCUGCAGGUCUUCAACCUGAGAAUCUCACUGAUCAAAGGCCGCAAGGUCGUGCUGAAUGGUCGCCGGGUGGCCCUGCCUGUGUGGCCUGCACAAGGCCGGGUGAGCAUAAGGCCUAGCGGCUCCUUUAUCCUCCUCUACACGGACUUUGGGCUUCAAAUUCGCUACAAUGGGAACCAUCUGGUCGAAGUGACAGUGCCCUCCUCUUAUGCUGGCCGGCUCUGCGGGCUGUGUGGCAACUACAACAGCAACAGCCUAGAUGACAAUCUGCUCCCGAACAAAAGGCCCGCGGACAGCUCGGAGGGCCUGGGAGUCGCCUGGAAGUUCCCUGAGUACUCUGAACCAGGCUGCUUUGCUAAGGGUCCAAAGCCCUCCAGAUGCCAGGAGAACAGAGUGGCAAAGAGCUGGAAAAAUAACUGUGAUGUCUUGAUGAACCCUCAGGGACCCUUCUCUCAGUGCCACGGGGUGGUGCCUCCCCAGUCCAGCUUCGCCAGCUGUGUGUAUGGCCAGUGUGGUACCAAGGGGGACACCCUGACCCUGUGCCGCUCCCUGCAGGCCUAUGCAUCCCUGUGUGCCCAUGCUGGCCGGGCCAUUUCCUGGCGGAAUAGCUCCUUCUGCCCUCUGAAAUGCCCGUCCGGCAGCAGCUACAGCCCCUGUGCCAAUCCCUGCCCCGCCACCUGCCUCAGCCUGAAUGCCCCCAGAGACUGCCCGGCAGCGCUGCGCUGUACGGAGGGCUGUGAGUGCCAGAAAGGUCACAUCCUGAGCGGAACGUCCUGUGUGCCCCUCGGCCAGUGCGGCUGCGUCGACCAGGAGGGCUACUACCACCCGGUUGGGGAGAGAUGGUACAUGGACAGCAGCUGCUCCAGGCUCUGCACCUGCUCCCCUUACAACGCCAUCUCCUGCCAGCAGACCGCCUGCAAGCCCGGCCAGAUGUGCUGGCCGCUGGAUGGGCUGCUACGCUGCCGAGCUUCAGGUAUGGGAGUGUGCCGCACCUCACACCCCUCUCAGUACCUCAGCUUCGAUGGCGCCUACCACACCGUCAGGGACACCUGCACUCGUGUCCUGGUGAAAGUGUGCCACUCCACCAUGGACCUGCCUUUCUUCAAGAUCAGUGUCCAGUAUGGGAAGAAGAAAGGCCAAUCCGCUGUUUCCUACCUCAACCAGGUCAACGUCGAUGCCUUUAAUACCCUCAUCACCUUGAUGAAGGACCGUCGUGUGCUGAUCAACGGCACACAGGCCACCUUUCCCUUGACCACCGAGAUCCGAGGGCUCAGAAUCCGUGUUGUUGGCAACAGCAUCAUACUCUCUUUUAACAUCGGGGUCCAGGUCAAGUUUGACGGCAAAGAUUUUUUUGAGAUCCAGCUGCCUGGAGCCUAUUACCAAAAGGUCUGUGGCUUGUGCGGAAACUUCAAUGGUGAGGAGGAGGAUGAGCUCCUGAUGCCUGACGACGAAUUAGCCCAGAAUGACACUGAAUUUGUGGAGAGUUGGCAAGACAAGGAGUCUCACCCAGAUUGCCAAAAAGAGGGCCAGGAGACCCAAGCCGUGCAGCUGGAGACUCUGAGCAUAAACUGCAGGAGAGAUGACCUGGCCAGAGCCCAGGAACAGUGCCAGGCGGCCUUCCAGACUCUGGCCUGGACUGCGUGUGCCACCAACGUGGCCCUCAGGCCCUUCCUUCUCAACUGUACCCACAACCUCUGUCAGUUUGGAGGCCUCAACCGAGCCCUCUGUGACUCUCUGGAAAACUUCGCGGCUGCCUGCCGGGCCCAGGGGCUCCAGCCCCCAAUCUGGAGAAAUAGCAGUUUCUGCCCUCUGGAAUGUCCCGUCCGCACCCAGUAUUCGUCGUGCGUUCCCUCCUGCUUACCUUCCUGUGUGGACCCAUCAGGCCAGUGCAGUGACACCCGAGUCCCCACCAUCUGCAAGGAGGGCUGCAUUUGUCAGUCCGGCUUCGUGCUCAGUGGAAAAGAGUGUGUGCCCAGAAGUCAGUGUGGCGGCUGCACGGACGACUAUGGCAGCUCCUUCCCUGAGGGUAAGACCUGGAUCACCAUUCGCUGCACUAGAAGGUGUGCCUGCACUUUGGGAACCGUUCACUGCCAGCAGUUCAGCUGUCCCUCUGGCUCCCAUUGCCAGCCCCAGCCCGAUGGCACUGGCACCUGUGACAUUAACAGUAAGAGGGAACAAUGCUCAGUGUACGGGGACCCCCAUUACCGUACAUUUGAUGGCCUCAGCUACCUCUUCCGGGGUCGCAUGACUUACACUCUGAUAAAGACGGUGGACGUGCUCCCCGCUGGGGUGGUUCCUCUGAUUGUCGAGGGGCGCAACAAGGUGCAUUCGCCCUGGAGCCCAAUCUACCUGCAUGAAAUUAUUGUGAUGAUCUACGGCUACACAGUUCAGCUCCGGGCUCAUCUGGAGCUCGUGGUCAACAACCAGAAGGUGGAUGUCCCCUACCAGCCCGAUAAGCGUCUGCGGGUUAACCUGCGGGGCCAUCGCCUGUUUAUGAUCACGGACUUUGAGAUGCUGGUCAGCUUCGAUGGAGGCCGAAAUGCAGUGAUCACGCUGCCCAACAAGUACAAGGGGCUUGUGCGUGGCCUAUGUGGGAACUUUGACGGGAACAAGAGGAAUGACUUCGUGCUGCCCAAUGGCACCGUCACCCAAGACCUACUCGGCUUUGGCAACAGUUGGGAGGUACAUGUGAUCAGCGGUGGCCUCACCCGCUUCUCCAGGGCCAUACAGGAGGAGGAAGAGGAGGAAGGGGAGGAGUCAGGCUCCCAUGCAACGGAAUGCAGCCUGGAGCAGCUGAAGCUCAUCAAUAGCACCCAGGCGUGUAGAGUGCUGGUGGACCCCCAGGGUCCCUUUGCUGCCUGUCACCAGAAUGUGGCCCCGGAGCCCUUCCAGGAGCACUGUGUGUUUGAUCUGUGUGCAGCCCGGACCCCCACCCAGCAAGAGGAGCUUCGCUGCCAGGUCCUCGGCGGCUAUGCCAUCAUCUGCCAGGAGGCGGGUACUACCCUGGCCGGCUGGCGGGACCACACCCGCUGUGCCUUGGUGUGUCCAGCCAAUACCGUCUAUCAGAGCUGUAUGACACCCUGCCCAGCCUCCUGUGCCAACCUGGCAGCCCCUAUGGACUGCGAGGGCCCCUGCGUGGAAGGCUGUGCCAGCCUCCCGGGCUACAUCUACAGUGGCACCCGGAGCCUUCCCUUGGCCCACUGUGGCUGCACCAGCAAUGGCAUCUACUACCAGCGGGGUGACAGCUUUGUGACUGAGGAUUGCUCUCAGCGCUGCACCUGUGCCAGCUCAGGGGUGCUGCUGUGUGAGCCCCUCCGGUGCCAUGCCGGGGAGAUCUGCACCCUAGGGAACCUCACUCGUGGCUGUUUCCGAGAAAGCCCGUGUCUACAGAACCCCUGUCAGAAUGAUGGACGGUGCCAGGAGCAGGGAACCCACUUCACCUGUGAGUGUGAACUUGGUUAUGGCGGGCAUCUCUGCACGGAGCCCCGGGAUGUGCCACCCCCUGGAAAACCAGAGGCAUCCAGCUUUGUGGCCGAUCUGUUGGGGAUGCUUGUGCCUGUGGUAGUCAUAGUGCUGGCAGUGACCAGGGAAUGUGUUUCCAGGAGGAGGAGGAGGAGGAGGAGGAGGGAGAACACGCAGAGCCAGAACAGAGACAGGCUGGUGGACGCUGAUUUCCUUCCAGAGCCUGCCCUUAGAGUCCCUCAGUUUUGAGUUGCCCUCAAAAAUGGAGAGAGAAAAUAAAAUUUAUUUUUUGAAAUGUGAA